AUGCCCCAACCAGCGGAUCUGCGAAGAAAACUCGUCAUUGUCGGCGACGGAGCCUGCGGCAAGACCUGUCUGCUGAUUGUCUUCGCGAAGGGCACCUUCCCGGAGGUGUACGUGCCCACCGUGUUUGAGAACUACGUGGCCGACGUGGAGAUUGACGGCCGACGAGUGGAGCUGGCCCUGUGGGAUACCGCCGGCCAGGAGGAUUACGACCGACUGCGACCCCUGUCCUACCCCGACGCCAACGUCAUCAUCAUCUGCUUCGCCAUCGACAGCCCCGACUCGCUCGACAACGUGCAGGAGAAGUGGAUCUCCGAGGUGCUGCACUUUUGCCAGGGCGUGCCUAUUCUGCUGGUCGGUUGCAAGGUCGACCUGCGAAACGACCCCAAGACCAUCGAGGAGCUGAGAAGAACGUCCCAGCGACCCGUCACGACCGAGGAGGGAAAUGCCGUGGCCCAGAAGAUUGGCGCCGGCAAGUACCUGGAGUGCUCUGCCCGAACCCACGACGGAGUGAGAGAGGUCUUCGAGCAUGCCACCCGAGCUGCCCUGACUGCCCACGGCCAGAAGGGCUCCAAGAGCUCCAGCAGAGAGGGCAAGAAAAAGUGUUUGAUUUUGUAA